GUCUUGCGUCGGCUUCAUCCCAACGCUCUCGGGGUUUCCAUCUUCGUACUUAAGACACCGAGGAUGCCGGAGAAUCCAGCGCCUUUCUAAACCCCGACUGAUGCGGAGGUAUUGCCUUGGGUGUGAGGCAGCCUUCUCCGCAUGGGGUUUGCAAAAACUUCGUGUCUCUGUACAACUCAUGUCGUGUGCCUUCGUUCGAUGCGCAUGUUGACUGUGUAAGCUUGAAGCGUGACCGAUCAGAGCAGCAUCAUUCAAACUCCAUUUACAAUCUAGUAUCAUGAGCACCUUGCAGGAUAAAUUGGCAAUUGUUACCGGUGGAGGCUCAGGCAUUAACUUGGCCUUUUGCAAGCUUCUGUAUGCAUCAGGUUGCAAGACUCUUAUCGCCGACGUUGCUCUACAUCCAAGUUGCAAAGCUUGGCUCUCUGCGAUUGAAUCGGAAAAUACCAACAGCUCUUGGGUGAAAUACCUACAAACCGAUGUGACAGACUGGUCUCAACUGGAGAAGGUCUUCGAUGUUGCAAAUGAAGCGUUCGGAACCACUCCUGACAUAGUGGUCCCUGGUGCUGGAGUCUACGAGCCAUCAUCAAACUCAUUCUGGGCUGACCAGGACCGAGAUUCUUAUAAAGUCCUGGACAUCAAUUUAGUUCAUCCCAUCAAGACAUCACGCAUUGCUAUCCGACGCUGGGUCCAGGCUGCGAAAAAGGGCACAAUCAUCCACAUCUCGAGCAUUGCAGCACAGCGAUCAAGCAUAGUAACUCCUCUUUACACGGUGUCUAAACACGGCAUCAGUGCCUUCAUACGUGGCAUGGGGGCCCUAGAAGACUUGGUUGGCAUCCGUGUGGUUGGAGUUGCACCCGGAACGGUGGGAACUCCUCUGUUCACCGAUCAUCCUGAGGCAUCAAAGUUUUUGGAUCUGAACAAAGACUUCUUACUCGCACCCGAACAUGUUGCGAAUGCAAUGUUUGACUUGCUGGACGAGAACAAAUACAAGGCAGGCACCGUCUUAGAGGUCUGUCAUGAGACGAAGUGGAGAGUAACCUCGUUACACAAUGAUCCUGGCCCACAGGGUCCAGCAAGCUUCACGAGUCGCAAACACGAAGCGAUCAAAGAAAUCAUGCAGUACCUGAAUGUUGAUCAACCAAACCCCAGCGUGAGCAACAUAGAAUUGAAGUCGGAUUGAGGAAAGGAGUCAAAAGGUUGAAGCCGUCUCUCUUCUGAAUACAGCGACAGGCAAUCCACUUUCUUGCUGUCUAACAAAGCAUUGUACAACUCUGGUCCAGCCUUCUAUUCAUAUACUCUAGUAGAGAUAGUUCUGCAUUCAUCUCAAG